AUAAAAUCCUUCGCCGUAGUAGGCAAUGAAACCACGUUUGCCUUCCUUAUUCAACAAAAAAGGAACAAUUAUGACCGAUACGAACGCCUGUACUCGUGACACUUAGGGAAAUAAGUGAUUAAAAGGGAGAAAAGAAAAUAAAAGGGAGAAAGAGAACAUUGCUAAAUCACUUUAAAUACGCAAAUAUACAACGACAAUAAAUAAAAGUGCCAAAACAAUUAAAACUAGUUUCAAGGUUGGUUGGAGGCAUGGCUUGGAAAUUGUGGAGGGAGAAGUUUUUGUUUCAGUCAACUGCAAGACUUCGAGGCCUCGAAACCCUGGCUCAUUCUGACUCCUGAUUUCACAAUUCCAAUGAGUUUGAAUGAUUUGUCUUUUGCCCCUCUUGUGGGUGCAAUAGACGCAGGUACAAGCAGUGUCAGAUUUCUGGUAUUUAGCUCAGAAACAUUUCAACCAAUCGCUUCACAUCAAAUCCCACUAACAAACAUUUGUUUGAAAGAAGGAUGGGUCGAGCAGGACCCUUUAAUUAUUUUGAGGGAGGUCAAAAACUGUUUGGAAAAGAUAGUAGAAAGGCUCAAAGCAGAGGGUAUCGAUCCUUCACACAUUGCUUCAAUUGGCAUUUCAAACCAGAGGGAAACAACAAUCGCUUGGGAUAAAGAAACAGGACAGCCACUAUUCAAUGCAUUAGUAUGGUGUGACACGAGGACGACAAUUAUAUUGGAUCAUCUCCUUGAAAAUGUGCCCUCCAAGAAUAAAGAUCAUUUUAAAGAGAUUUGUGGCUUGCCUAUGUCGCCAUAUUUCAGUGCUUUGAAAAUGAGGUGGCUCCUUGAUAACGUACAGCCAGUCAGAGAGGCCUUGGAAAGAAAUACUCUCCUGUUUGGAACAGUGGAUUCCUGGCUCAUAUGGAACCUAACAGGAGGCACAAAUGGAGGAGUACAUAUAACAGAUGUCACAAAUGCAAGUCGGACAAUGCUCAUGAACUUAUCAACCCUACAAUGGGAUCCCAAAAUGUGCAAGUUUUUAGACAUUCAAAUGCAUCUUCUACCAGAAAUCCGCAGCUCUUCGGAAAUUUAUGGUAAACUCGUUUAUGGAAUGUUGAAGGGUACACCAAUAGCAGGAUGCUUAGGUGAUCAGCAAGCAGCUCUCUUAGGGCAGAAAUGUAUUACAAAGGGGCAGGCCAAAAGUACAUAUGGAACAGGGUGUUUUCUUCUUUGCAACACCGGGACAGAGAUUGCACAUUCUACUCAUGGGUUAUUGACAACAGUGUCUUACCAACUUGGAAAAACUGCACCAGUUUGUUAUGCCCUUGAAGGAUCUGUUGCAGUGGCCGGUUCAGCGUUUGCUUGGCUCAAAGAUAAUCUCACUUUGAUCGAAGAGAUGAAAGAUGUUGAAAAACUUGCCAAAGAAGUACAACAUUCUGAUGACGUAUACUUUGUACCCGCUUUUUCUGGACUGUUUGCUCCUUAUUGGCAACCAAAUGCAAGGGGUGUGAUAUGCGGAAUCACGGAAGAUACAACAAGGGCCCAUAUUUUAAUGGCAGCUUUAGAAGCGAUAUGUUUCCAAACGAGGGAUAUACUAGAGGCUAUGUACAAAGACUGCAAUAUUUCGUUUUCAAAGCUAAAAGUUGAUGGAGGGAUGAUAAAGAACAAUUUAUUAAUGCAACUUCAAGCUGACCUCUGUGGCGUUCCAGUAGUAAGGCCUCAUAUGGCAGAAAUUUCUGCUCUCGGAGCUGCACUAGCUGCAGGGCUUGCUUUAAAUGUAAUCGAUUUCAAAAAUAUCACACAAUCUCCCAGUGAUACUUUUUAUCCUCAGAUAACAGAUGAAGAACGUGAUUACAGAUAUUCCAAGUGGAAAUUGGCCAUCGAAAAAAGUUUGGGAUGGGACAUAUAGACCCAAAUAAACUCAUCUGUGAACUGUAUAUUACAUUUAAAGAAUAAUUUCACUAAUAAAUGUUUUAUCAAGAAAAGAAUUUUCAUCGACUCAAUUAAUGUCAUUUUUAAAGGAAACUGAAAACUAUUAUAUAGAAAAGUCGGCAAAAUCACAUUAUAAAACUAUAGAACUUAUUAUAUUCACCAAAUGUCAAUUUUA